AUGCCAUCCAGACUGAGGAAGACCCGAAAACUCCGGGGCCACGUAAGCCACGGGCACGGCCGUAUCGGUAAGCACUGCAAGCACCCUGGAGGCCGCGGGAAUGCUGGAGGCAUGCACCACCACAGGAUCAACUUCAACAAAUAUCACCCAGGUUACUUUGGAAAAGUCGGUAUGAGGCACUACCACUUAAAGAGGAACCAGAGCUUCUGCCCAACUGUCAACCUGGAUAAGCUGUGGACACUGGUCAGUGAGCAGACAUGGGUCAAUGCUGCAAAAAACAAGACUGGAGUUGCUCCCAUCAUUGAUGUUGUGCGAUUGGGUUACUACAAAGUUCUGGGGAAGGGCAAGCUCCCUCAGCAGCCAGUCAUUGUGAAGGCCAAAUUCUUUAGCAGAAGAGCUGAAGAGAAGAUUAAGGGUGUUGGAGGUGCCUGUGUCCUGGUGGCUUAAAGCUGCCUGGGGAGGUUAAUUAAAUGUUAACAUUUUCAAAAAAAAAAAAAAAA